GGCAUACCUCGCAGUGGCGGCGCGGUGCCGCACAAGACGCUGCCCCGUUGCUGCAGUAGUACAGGUGCCUGAUCUUGCACGCGGUGCCUGAACUUGCAAACGAUUGCAGCAGCAGCAGCCCUUGCCAUUGGAGCACUGCCCAGUCUAACCAAGCACCACAACAUACGCCAUCGCCGCGCGACCGCAUCUCAGAAGCACACUACAAGACGCAAAUGAGUGCAAUAAUCGAUGGCGAGGUCCUGCUCCUUGCAUUCGGCGUCGUUGCCAAGCUAGUCAUCGUCGCCGCAGUGGGCGCCACGGCCGCGAAGCGCCCGCGCGACCGGCCCAUAUUGAGCAAAGAUGCGAUCACGCGCAUUUCGCGACUCUCCGCGGCCGUCAUGAUACCGUCUUUGAUAAUCUCGACGACGGGCGCGUCAAUUAGCGUAAAGCUGCUCAAGGAGACAGUGUUAGUUGUCGUGUUCAGCCUGGUCACGAUCGGCGUAGGAUUACUGUCGAUGCAACUGUGGGGAAUGCUGUUUAUACCCGCACCGCAGCGCCGGUCGUCGCUGUGGCAAGUGGCUUCCUUGGCCGCCGCGUUUCCGAACAUUGUGGCUAUCCCCUUGGUGGCAGUUGUGUCUAUAUGCGAACGAAGAGACGUCAGGGCGGACUACGACGACAUCGCUACAUGUGCCCGCACCGGGUCGGCGAUCGUCUUCGUCGGCUCCUUCGCGUGGACGGCUAUUUUCUUUACGUACGGCGCGCAUCGACUGCGCACGAUCGAGGCGGCCGAGAGCGGCUCGCCGGCGCCGAAGCCCGCCGAAGCCGUUGGGAGUUGCGUCCGCGAGCCCAUCAAUGCUGCGUUAGCUGUGGGCACGGCAAUUGGUCUGAUCGCACCGUUACGGCGCGGCCUCUUCUCCGUGGGAGGGCGGUCACCGCUUAGGAUUAUAGGCGGGACUGUCGAAUUACUCGCGAGUCCAACGGUGUGCGUCGCCGUCCUCCUCGUCGGCGCGUCGCUCGCGAACGUUGAUUUGAACGCUCUGGCCGCGCCAGAUAAGAGCGCGAGAGACGCCGAGGCGCCGCCGCCACCGCCCGCGAAGCGCUCGGUAUGGGGCGCGGUAUAUGCGGUCCGCGGCAUCAUCUCCGGUUUUGUGGUCGUACGGUUGCUGGUCGUUCCCGCGAUUGUCGGCGCCCUCGAGGCGCUCGCGACGGCGACGAUACCAAUACCCCAGGCGCGCCUCGGUCGUGCCGUGCUGCUCAUCUCGUCGGGCAUGCCGACGGCGCAGAUCAUGAUCGUACUCCUCCAUAAAUUCGGUCUCUCGCAGCAGGCGAGCGAGCUGUCCUUCCUGUUCGUGUUCCAGUACGCCGCGUCGAUCCCGACGAUGACGGCGCUCAUCUCGUCCGUGUUGAACCGUGUGUAUUAAGUAGCCUC